GUACUGAUCGCUUCGAUGACGAGGCUGUCAGUUACUGUUCGUGCACGAAUACGACGAAACGCCCGGGUGUCUUGGCGGGUUUUCGCUCGGAGCUGCGCUCACGAGACCAGCUCGAGGACGAGGAAGCGGAGGUGACGUUUUUACCAUCGAAAAGAGUGAUCGUCCAGCAGUAGGUGAAAGGAACGAGGAGAAACGAAGGACUCGCGUUUGAAAUAUACCGAAGGACAGGAAACCUGUCGAACUCCGGGGCUGCAUUUUAGUCCAGGUUUGACCGCACCGAUAGACGGACGAUUCGCAGCUGAAUGAGGCUCAUGGAACCUUUGGGUGUCACCCCGGAUGUGGUGGAGACGGGCACAUUGAAGAGAUGGGCCGACUUCCCCAUCCAGCACAGAUUUACAGACUACUCCAAUUCCAUUGGGGAACCGUCGCAUCAUACCAUAAGUCCCUUUCCGUGUCAACCGGCGCUUAACAAUAAACUUGCACUAUGGACUGGUGAUAUUUCUGUUUUACAAGUCGAUGCUGUAGUGAAUUCCACCAACGAAACGAUGGAUGACAACAGUCCUAUGUGCCAAAGAAUAUUUGCUCGGGCUGGUUCGGCUCUUAAAAUGGAAAUAUUUAACGAAGUAAAAGAAUGUAAAACUGGUGAGAUAAGACUGACACAAGGGCAUGGAUUACCUGCGCGUUUUAUUAUUCACACUGUUGGACCCGUAUACAACGUAAAGUACCAAACAGCUGCCCAAAAUACGUUACAUUGUUGCUACAGGAAUGUUUUACAAAAAGCAAGGGAACUUGGACUACGUAUAAUCGCGUUGCCAGUAAUUAAUUCCGUGCGAAGAAAUUAUCCUCCUGAUGCGGGAGCGCACAUCGCUCUCAGAACAAUAAGAAGAUUCUUGGAACAAUACGGUGAUUCCGUAACGUGCAUCGUAUUUGUCCUGGAGCCGUGCGAUCUUGGAAUCUACGAAGUUCUUCUUCCUCUUUAUUUCCCUAGAAAUUUAGCAGAGCAAGACAAUGCUUGUUGGCAGUUGCCAAACGACAUAGGCGGGAUGGAUGGAGAACCUUUGCUGCCUGACAGGCAAAUUAGAAUCAUCGACAAUCCUCAACAUGCUUUGCACGGCGACGAGAGCGUAGAAUUGUCCGCCCAACUAGAGACAUCUGUAAACAUCGGCGAGCAUGCUUUUGCACAGAUGCAGGGCGAUUUAGACCGACAAAGACUCCUCGGAGAAAGACCACCCGCCGACCCGUUAGCGGAUAUCAUGUUAAAACAAAUGCAGCAAAAGGAAAGGUACGAGAGGCUUUUAAGACGAGCGAAGACGGAAGAUCUAUCCGAAGUGUCGGGCAUCGGAUGCCUCUAUCAAAGCGGCGUCGAUCGCCAGGGCCGACCAGUGGUCGUGUUCGUCGGCAAAUGGUUCCCCGCCACAAAAAUCAAUUUGGACAAGGCGUUGUUAUAUCUAAUUCAGCUGCUGGAUCCGAUCGUCAAAGGAGAUUACGUUAUCACUUAUUUCCAUACGUUGACGACGAGCAACAACUACCCCAGCUUGCACUGGUUGCGUGAAGUUUACAACGUGCUUCCUUACAAGUAUAAGAAGAACCUAAAACACUUUUACAUUAUCCACCCGACUUUCUGGACCAAGAUGAUGACGUGGUGGUUCACGACGUUCAUGGCCCCGGCCAUCAAACAGAAAGUCCACAAUUUGCCCGGCGUCGAGUAUCUCUACGAAGUCAUGUCGCCGGAGCAAUUAGAAAUCCCAGCGUACAUCACGGAAUACGAUAUGACGAUAAACGGCAUGAGGUACUAUCAACCGGACCCCGUGGUGUCGUCCCCGUCUACAUCCACGUAACUUUCGAACGGGAUUCGGUUGCUCUGCAGCGAUGCAAUGGACAGAACCAAGUCGGAUCGAUUGUUCCGUGCAAUGCUGGUACGGUUGUACACGCGUGUGUUCCUCGAGUAAACCCAUCGUACGCCCCUUUCGUUCAUUCCACCGACUCUGGACGACUAUUGGACGAGAAACAGGGCUGCUAAUCGGGCAAGAUCGCCGUCACGAUCGGAUGGUUCCUUCGAGCCGCCAUGAUAGCUCGCCGUUACUUUGCCGCAGUGCCUCGUGAUGGAUGGAACGCGUAGGGGGGAAAAAAAGAGUACUCGUUGUCGGUGCUUCGCGCGACUAUUUUUAACGAACUGAUUCGCUGAAAAGUCAAGAAACCCACUGCCCAUCCGUCUCACCUGCGCGAGUCCCGCGUCUCGAUCGUACGUUAUUCGGAUGCUGGAUAAUCUCGCUUCCCGAACGCGGGAUACACAUUAGACAGACCGACGAUAUGGAGGCAACUUAAAACCAACCACCGGUGGAGAACGAAGAAAAUUUCUUAUUCGUCCGAGGCGAGUAUAUCGGUUGCCAAAAACACCAAUUAAUCAGUAUUUUCGUGGCCGUGUUGCCGUCGGUACAGGGAUCCUCGGCCCGCGUUCUCUUGUAAAUAUUACACUGUUCAUCGUUGACGGGAUGGAAAUAGAAGAGACGACGACGACGAACCCGAAGCAAAUGACGGCUUAAUACGAACUGACGAUCGCAUUCUAUUAUUUUCUUAUCCGUCGUUAUACAGCGAAGAGCGUCUAUUUGAAUUAUUGUACGUCGUAUUUUAUUAUGUAACGUCGUUGAUGAAUGAGUCGCGUCCCCCACCAACCGCCCCCCCCCCCCACCCUCCGCUAGCGCGGUAUUUUCGAUAUGUAAAACAAGUAGAACCUGUAACUCCCGUGCAAAGAAGGAAAUAAUAGAACGGCUGGUUCCUUCCGUGGCGUUACGGCUUCGGCAAAUUAAUGCGAACUCUGAGAUCGCGUGUCCUUCGACCCGCUGCGUAGAACCGAUCGACACGUGUACGCUGCAUUCUCGCGUGUUUAUCGAUAACGAAUCGAACGUGACUCGCUCUUGCCUCGUUUCAAUUUCAUUUAUUCGACUGCCUAAAAAUCGUAUUAGUAUUUUAAAACGAAACUUUUAUCCAACCCUGACGUUACUAAAUUGAAAUCAUCUUUUAUCGUCUCACAAUAUUAUUUUAUCCGACCCCCCGAUUAAUCGGAUUUUAUUUACAGCGACAGGAAUUAUUUUAAUGAAACAGCAAAUACCGUUUCGCUUUCGAGUCAGCGACAAAGCGAAUUUGAUCCGGUAAACCUGUAAAAGUUUGCGCGGGUUACGUUGUAAAAGCCCGUGGGACUCGGUACGGUUUAAAACGAAGCUGCUUUUGUCGUCGGUGUGUUGCAACCGACGCAAUCCUGUAAAGAGAUUACAACGGAUCGAGCGGAGGCAUUAAACUUCGGUGAAUCUGUAGAAAAGAACCGAUUCGUCAUCGAUAGGCAGAUAAGCGAACUAUUGCGGCGCUAAAGGCCGAGAGGUGCCGAGGUCGUACUCGCGGUUCAAUUCUAGAUUGGAUGAAGCAAUAAACUUAAGAGCUUUCUCGCGAUGUAUAUUUCGGGAGACAGAAUCGUUAUACUCGUUGUUAAGCAUUUUUAGCGUUUGAAGAUGAAAAAAAAAGAAAAACAAAGUUGAUAUAUAUGUAUAUAACCGACGUCGAUUAGCCCAUUUCUUUCAUUUUCUCUGUGUCACUACAAUCGCAUGGAUCACUCGCGUCCCAUCGUUGAUCAACCUCUACCGUGCGACGAACCGGAAGCAACUCGAGCGUUCAUUCGUGAACCAACGAACGAGAGGCAAUGGGUUAAUUGGCCGUACCUCGGUCGGAGAUGCGUGCUAACGUUACUACCGAAUAGCUCGUGUACGCGCAUGAUCGUUGAAAUAUAUAUUUUUAUUACGUUUUUAUUACGUUUAUUGUACGUUACGUUUGGAAUCCAAACUAUGGAUACGUUAAACACAUAUUUAUUCUAAUGAUAGCAUACAGCGUGUUCCGCUAACAAAUAGGAAAUUCGAUUUAUUUCGAUCAAGUCUUGUCUAACACGCGUCAAUGGGUGCAAAUCGAUUUAUUUUCAACGUUCGCUUUUAACGCGACGAUGA